ACUCAUGGACAUGUGCGCGGAGGAAGCCGCGGCCUCUCUGCUCCAGCUGGAGGAGACCUUCUCAGCAAGCCUGGCACGGAUCGAUGCCCUGGUCCUGAAGCCUCUGCUCCAGGCAGAGCCAAAUGACCAGAAGGGGAAGGAGAACUUCAAGCUCUUCCUGCUCCUCAACGAUCGAUUCCAAGCCCUCUGGAACCUCACGGAGGAAAACUACCGGAUACUGAAACAGAAACGCGGCGACUCCGAGCGCUCCUGCAUCCAGGACAUUUACACCAUCUGGAAAGGGGACCUGUUCCUCAGCAUCUACAUCCAGUAUUUUGUCACCUUUGCAAACUAUGUCGUGGUCCAAGGCUUCGAACACGUCACCAAGAGCAAAAGCGAGGCCUGGAAGCUGCACAAGACGGUGCUGAAGCAGUUCCUGACAGACUUCACGCCCGAGAGCUCCAUGGCCCUGGCCCUGUACACUGUCCUGCACAAACCCCUCCGGGAUCACAUCCAGCAGUACCUCCUGCUCCUCACCACGCUCAAGGAGGCCCUCAAAGAGGGCCCUGAGAAGGACGUGGUCACCAGUGUCAUCCAGGAGUACGUGAAGCUGGAAUCUUUCAUCAGCCAGGUCCUGGAUGAAGCCUGUUUUACCAAGGCCUUAUGGAAAUCCUUGGGCUGCAAGUUCACGGACAUGCUGUGUGUUCCCGAGAGGAGGCUGCUGGAGGACAGCAAGAACCUUCCCAUCUCCACCAGCACCAACCGCUCCGACCGGAUCCUGCUCUUCGACGACGUCCUCGUGCUCAUCCAGGGAAACAGCUUCCAGAGUUUUGACCUGAAGCUCGUGUGGGUGGAUGAAAACUGCGGAGAGAAAUCGGCUCCGGGGCUGCACGGCCUGCGCAUCACGACCCCAGAAGAAACCUUCCUCCUCUCUGCCAAAGACCCGCAGAUGAAGGCCGUGUGGCAGUGGAAGCUGAGCCAGGCCGUGCGCCAGGCCCUCAACGGGAAGCGGGAUUUCCCGCUGUGGGGCCGGACGGGCGAGGGCAGCGAACCCCCGCCCUGCCGCUUCUUCUCCUACGUCUUCAGGCUGGAGGGCAGGUUCAGGAGCGCGGCCUACGAGGGGGAGUGGCGCUGGGGGAAGCCCCAUGGCAAGGGGACGCUGAAGUGGCGCGAUGGACGCAACCACGUCGGGGACUUCAAGGAGGGCUUGGAGCACGGGUUUGGGAUCUGCCUCGUCCCCCGCCAAGCUGAGGACAGGUAUGACUGUUACAAGUGCCACUGGUACGAGGGCAAGAUGAGAGGCUACGGAAUCUGUGAGUAUGGGAAUGACGUGGUCUACAAAGGUUACUUCAAGGACAACGUGCGGCAGGGCUUUGGGAUCCUGGAGAACUUCUCAGCUGAGCAUCCCUUCAGAUACACGGGCCAGUGGGAAAACGACAAGAAGAACGGAUAUGGAGUCUGGGAAGACAGGGACAGAGGGGAGAGAUACAUCGGGACGUGGCUGGAUGAUCACAGGCAUGGCCAGGGCAUCGUGGUGACCCAGUCAGGGGUCUGCUACCAGAGGACAUUCCACGCUGAUAAAAUGGUGGGUUCUGGGAUCCUGCUCCUGGAAGACGACUCCGUCUACGAAGGGAACUUCACGGAGGACCUGACCUUUGUUGGGAAGGGAAAGCUCUCCUUCGCCAACGGCUUCGUUUUGGAGGGAACCUUCACCAACAAGUCGGGCCAAGGCCUCCAGACCCACGGCGUCCUCAACACCUCCAGCGAGCAGCUGGAUGAGAGGAUCACCAAAACUCAGCUGGGCCUCAGGGAGUUCCCAGUGGAGAAGAGGUGGAAGGGAAUCUAUGACCAGUUCCUGGAAUUCCUCCAGUCUGGCUGCAAGGAAGAGAUGGAAGAGUCUUUCACAGGGUUCCACAUCCAAACCAGCAAGGAGCUGAGGAAAUCUCAGGAAUAUCUCUUCUGCCAAAGGGGGACUGAGGACGUAUCCUGGAAAAUUGAAGAUAUCCUUGAAGAGCUUGUCCAGCACCAGGAGCUGGAGUCGAUACAGAGUUAUUUAGAGAAGGCGUUGAAGUCCUCCCUGCACCCUCUGGGCAAGCUGCUGAAGGCCCUGACAGUCGCUUUCCAGGCAACAUAUUCCGGGAUCGGGGCCAACAGGCACCUGCUGACCAUGGCACAGGAGGAGGUCAAGUACUACGCCAAGAAAAUUUGGGAAUUCUACCGGUGA